ACGAGGCGGAGUAGAAGAAAUUCCACACGGCCUCUUCGCCUUUGCCUCCUUCCUGUCCUCGACCUCUCCCUCUACCCCUCGUGCUCGCGAGCCGCGUCAAAACCCUAGCCACCUUCUUCCCACCACAUGCACCGUGGCAGCGACCGCACCGGCGACCUCCCCGGCCCCGCGGGCGGCGCUCGUAGCGGCGGGGACGGCAGAUUCGCGCGUGGACCCUCGCGCUGGUCUGGCGGCGGCGGCGGCGGCGGCGGCGGCGGGGGUAGCCCACCCCACCGCUCUUCCUCCCGCGGCGGGGCCGGCGAUGGCGGCGGAGGCGGGAGGUUCCAUCCGUACCGUGGCCCGUCCGAGUACUCUGUUGGCACUGGUGGAAGUGGAGGGUACAGAGGCGGCGGCGGUGGCGGCGACUUCGGUGAUACGGCUGGGGGCCCGAGAAACCGCUACGGAGGGGGAGGCGGUGGCGGAGGCCGUGGAGACCACUCAGAUCAUGAUAACAAAAGUGGUUAUGUUAAACUUUUUGUUGGAUCAGUUCCAAGAACAGCAAAUGAAGAUGAUGUUCGUCCUUUAUUCGCGGACCAUGGGGAUGUUCUUGAAGUUGCUUUGAUCAGAGACAGGAAAACUGGUGAACAACAAGGCUGUUGUUUUGUUAAAUAUGCUACUUCUGAAGAGGCCGAGAGAGCUAUCAGAGCUUUGCACAACCAGUGCACUAUACCUGGGGCGAUGGGCCCUGUUCAGGUUAGAUAUGCUGAUGGCGAAAAGGAGCGGCAUGGAUCUAUUGAACACAAACUGUUUGUUGCAUCACUGAAUAAGCAGGCAACUGCAAAGGAGAUUGAAGAGAUUUUUUCUCCAUUUGGUCAUGUGGAAGAUGUUUACAUUAUGAAAGAUGGAAUGAGGCAGAGCCGAGGUUGUGGGUUUGUCAAAUUCUCUUCAAAAGAACCUGCACUGGCAGCCAUGAAUUCUCUUAGCGGGACCUAUGUAAUGAGGGGGUGUGAGCAACCACUAAUAGUUCGAUUCGCUGAUCCUAAGAGGCCUAGACCUGGAGAAUCAAGGGGUGGCCCUGCAUUUGGAGGUCCUGGUGUCAGUCCUCGAUCCGAUGCAGCACUUGUUAUCAGGCCGACAGCCAAUCUUGAUGAGCCAAGAGGUCGACAUAUGCCACCAGACUCUUGGCACCCAUCAAGCCCGAACUCAAUGGCACCUCAUCAGUUUAAUAAUAACUUUGGAUCUGACAAUCAUAUGGGCCUGAUGGGCGGCAGUGUUGCAUCAGCAGAUAAUGCUGCUUUUCGACCUCAGAUGUUCCAUGGGAAUGGUUCUUUAUCAACUCAGACUGCUCUGCCGACUUCAUCUCAUAUGGGCAUGAACCCUUCCAUCUCACAAGGGCAUCACCUAGGGGGGCAGCAGAUCCUGCCCUUGCAAAAGGCACCUGGGCCACUGCACAAUUUUCCUGUACAAUUGCAGAAUGCCCAGCAAGGACAGCUUCAACAAAUCGGGCAGCAUCAUGUCCCACAAUCCUUGGGACCUAGUUCUCUUAGCCAGCAUAUACCAGCUAUGCCACUACCUGGCCAGCUUCCUGUAUCACAGCCAUUGACGCAGCAAAAUACUUCUGCAGGCGCUCUACAGGCGCCUUCAGCUGUUCAGUCUAAUCUCAUGCAAGCUGUUCCUGGCCAACAGCAACUCACCUCUAAUGUUGCACCACAGAUGCUUCAACAGGCAAUGCAGCAGAUGCCUUCGCAAGCACCACAGUUGCUACUCCAACAGCAGGCAGCUUUGCAGUCCAGUUAUCAAUCUUCACAGCAGGCAAUUUUCCAGCUUCAGCAACAGCUGCAGCUAAUGCAGCAGCACCAGCAGCAACCUAACCUUAAUCAGCAACCACAUACGCAGGUUCCUAAACAACAGGGACAGCCUAUGGUUCAAUCCAGUACCCCUGGGGCUCUGGCUGCUGUUGUUCCGACAAACAUUAAUGCAAUUCCACAGCAGGUCAAUUCAUCUGCAGUUUCUUUAACCUGCAAUUGGACUGAACAUACCUCUCCUGAAGGUUUUAAAUAUUACUACAAUAGCAUGACUCGAGAGAGUAAGUGGGAGAAGCCUGAAGAGUAUCUACUGUACGAGCAGCAGCAGCAGCAGCAACAUCAAAAACUUAUUUUGCUUCAGCAGCACCAACAAAAGCUUGCUGCGCAGCAACUUCAGUCACCCCCGCAGGCUCAAACAAUUCCAACUAUGCAAUCUAUCCAACAACAUCCUCAGCCGCUACAAGGACAAACACAAAUGCAGAUGAAACAGCAGGAAUUAAACUAUACUCAGUUACAGGCCACUGGCUCUAUUGAUCCCAGUAGGAUUCAGCAGGGAAUUCAAGCUGCUCAGGAGCGUUCUUGGAAAAAUUGAGACUGCAGGUGAUGGAAUGACGAAAUAUUGAAAUGUCAUCAAGACGGUACGCCAUCAAGACUCCGGAAUGAGCUCCAGCCAAAUCUGCUCGUGAGACAGUUUUUGCCUUUGUGCUUGCGUUGUUCGGCUCGAGUCCGUUCCGGUCAUUGUAACUGUGGAUUUAGCUUAGAUUAAUGCCUAGGUCGUAGAUCCUAUGUGUAAAGUAUUUGCAGUCUAGGCUUUGUAUCGAUGUAAAAUUGUUGAUUAGACGUUGUUCGUUUGUGCGAGAUGUAUCCCCAGCACCGUUGCAGCUCUUUGUUUUGCCUUUUCAUUGUAACGGCCCCCUCUUGCUCCCU